AUGGUGGCCUUCAGGCAGCAGCGGCAGCCCGAGCAGCAGAAGAAGCAGCAGCAGAUACAGCAGCAGAAGCAGCAGCAAAUGCGGGGGGAUGCGUCUGCACGCAGAAAGGAGUCACUAUCGCAUGCUGCAACUACUCGAGAGGCCACCCACGAUUCCGCAUCAUCGUCACCAGCAACAGGAGCAACAGCUGCAGCUGCGGCUGGAGCAGGUUGUGAGGGUCUGGAGGGGAACCUUCAUUGGACUCCUUUUGAGUUUUCAUGCGGAGACUUCGAUGCGUCUUCUCCUUAUGUACCCGUUGCGCUGUUGGGAAGAGGCGCCGUUGGCCGCGUGUUUCGUUGCACUGAAAGGUCGUCGGGUGACAGCGUCGCUGUCAAAGUG